AUGCUUGAGAAGCUGGCAAGCAGCACCACCGACGAGUACUUCACUUCUUCACGAGGCCUUAGGCUCUUCACUCGGACGAUGACACCGACAGACCCUCCUCGGGGAGCCAUUCUGAUCUGCCACGGGUACGGAGACCACUUGCGAUGGUUCCUAUGCGACACCAUGGUCAAGUUCGUGGAAGCGGGGUUUGUCGUCACGGGUUUGGAGAUGGAGGGGCAUGGCUGGUCGGAUGGGAACAUCGCGAUGCUGGACAACUUCGAGCUAGCGCUGCAGGACGUCUUCGAGUACCUCAAGCACAUGCAGAAGAAGUUCUCCGAGCUGCGCUGGCUGAUCUUCGGUGAGUCCAUGGGCGGCAUGGUGGCGAUCCGCGCUUCAAUUGAGGCGCAGAAACAAGGGUGGGAGGGGGAGCCGGUCCACGGGGCGAUUCUCCAGGCACCCAUGUGCACCAUAGCGCCUGAGAUGAAGCCUUCGGAGUUCAUGGUUGGAGCCCUUCGCGUCCUCUCCCACAUUAUCCCGUCUGUUCCGAUGGUCCCGUCUGACAUCUCAGUAGAAAAGAUGAUUCGCAGGCCUGACAUGCUGGCGGUUGGAAAGGCAAACCCGCUCUGCUACGUCGGACUUCCUCGUCUCGCAACAGCUCGUGAGCUCUACGAUGCCACCCUAAAGCUGGACAGCGAGAUGGAGCAGAUGAAGACUCCGUUCCUAGUCCUGCAUGGCUCGGCCGACGUCAUCACAAACAUCGAAGGAAGCAGAGCAUUGCAUGCAAGAGCCGGGUGCUCGCCAGAGAAGAAGACCAUCAAGGUCUACGAGGAUGCAUGGCAUGCACUUACCUCCGGGGAGCCAGAGCCAGUCAACGGGGAGGUUUGGAGGGACAUACUAGAGUGGGCUCAGGCCAACGUUUGA